GAUGAAAAUGAAAGAAGAAAGACAAGAUCUGAAUGAGGAGGAGGAGAAAUAUCAGGAUCAGAAAAAUCGUGAUGUCAAUGGAGAAAAAUCAGUGAGUUGCAGCAUUAAAAAAACAAAAGUCAAAAGGCCUUUCAGCUGCUCUCAGUGUGGAAACACUUUCACAUGUAACAGAAAUCUUAAGAAUCACAUGUUAAUUCAUGCUGAAAUAAAGUAUUUCAGCUGCUCUCAGUGUGGAAAGACUUUUACACAGAAAGGACAAAUUAAUAAUCAUUUGGUAACUCACACUUCAGAAAAGCCUUUCAUCUGCUCUCAGUGUGGAAACAGUUUCACACGUAAAGCAAGCCUUGAGAAGCACAUGUUGAUUCAUGCUGGGAUAAAGUCUUUCAGCUGCUCUGAGUGUGGAAAGAGUUUUACAUAUAAAGGAAACCUUGAGACGCACAUGUUAAUUCAUACUAGAAUAAAGCCUUUCACCUGCGCUCAGUGUGGAAAGAGUUUCACAAGUAAAGGAAACCUGAGGGAUCACAUGUUAAUUCAUGCUGGGAUAAAGUCUUACAGCUGCUCUCAGUGUGGAAAGAGUUUUACAUAUAAAGCAAUCCUUAAGACUCACAUGUUAAUCCAUACUGGGAAAAAGCCUUUCUCCUGCUCUCAGUGUGGAAAGACUUUUACACAUAAACCAAGCCUUAAGAGGCACAUGUUAAUUCAUACUGGGAAAAAGCCUUUCACCUGCUCUCAGUGCGGAAAGACUUUUACACAGAAAGGACAACUUAAAAAGCAUUUGGUAACUCACACUUCAGAAAAGCCUUACAGCUGCUCUCAGUGUGGACAGAGUUUUACAUAUAAAUCAAACCUUAAUAGGCACAUGCUAAUUCAUAUUGGGAUAAAGUCUUUCACCUGCUCUCAGUGUGGAAAGAGUUUUACACAGAAAGUACAACUUAAGAAUCAUUUGGUAACUCACACUUCAGAAAAGCCUUACAGCUGCUCUCAGUGUGGAAAGAGUUUUACACAGAAAGGAUACCUUAUGGCUCGGUUCCACUGAGCGGUACGGUAC